AGAAGAAUCCUUGCUCUUCGCGAUCCCGCCAUCCCUUCCUUUGGUCCCCGGGCUAAUCUGUUGUCAUGUUGAAGUUAAAGUGCUCGGAGACGGUCAGAGUUGUCGUACGAUGCCGGCCAAUGAACGGCAAGGAGAAAGUGGCUUCCUAUGAGCAAGUGGUGGAAGUGGACGUGAAACUGGGGCAAGUCUCGGUCAAGAACUCCCGGGGAACAUCUCACGAGCUUCCAAAGACGUUCACCUUCGACUCUGUUUACGACUGGAACUCCAAGCAGUUUGAGCUUUACGAUGAGACUUUCCGGCCUCUGGUGGACUCGGUUCUCCAGGGCUUCAACGGGACCAUUUUCGCCUACGGGCAAACUGGGACGGGGAAAACCUACACCAUGGAAGGGGUGCGUGGGGACCCCGAGAAAAGAGGGGUCAUCCCCAACUCCUUCGACCACAUCUUCACCCACAUCUCUCGGUCGCAGAACCAGCAGUAUCUGGUGAGGGCCUCCUACCUGGAGAUCUACCAAGAGGAAAUCAGGGACUUGCUCUCCAAGGACCAAUCCAAGAGGCUGGAGCUGAAGGAGCGGCCCGACACGGGCGUCUACGUCAAAGACCUCUCCUCCUUUGUCACCAAAAGCGUGAAAGAAAUCGAGCACGUGAUGAACGUCGGCAACCAGAACCGGUCGGUGGGCGCCACCAACAUGAACGAGCACAGUUCCCGCUCCCACGCCAUUUUCGUCAUCACCAUUGAGUGCAGCGAGGUGGGGCUGGACGGGGAGAACCACAUCCGCGUCGGGAAGCUGAACCUGGUGGACCUGGCGGGCAGCGAGCGCCAGUCCAAGACGGGAGCCCAGGGCGAGAGGUUGAAAGAAGCCACCAAGAUCAACCUCUCUCUCUCCGCCUUGGGCAACGUCAUAUCGGCCCUCGUGGACGGCAAAAGCACCCACAUUCCCUACCGAGACUCGAAGCUGACCCGCCUGCUCCAGGAUUCCCUGGGCGGCAACGCCAAGACGGUGAUGGUGGCCAACAUCGGCCCGGCCUCCUACAACGUCGAGGAAACCUUGACCACCUUGCGGUACGCCAACCGGGCCAAGAACAUCAAGAACAAGCCCAGAGUCAACGAAGACCCCAAGGAUGCUCUCCUGCGGGAAUUCCAGGAAGAAAUUGCUCGCCUGAAGGCCCAGCUGGAGAAAAGGUCCAUCGUCAAGAGGAAGAAGAAGGAGAGGAGGAGAGACGGCGGGAUCGGGGGGGAGGAGGAGGAGGAGGAGGAAGAAGAGGAGGAGGAGGAGGAAGAGGAGGAGGGUGGAGAAGAGGGAAGGGUGGACAAAGAUGACUACUGGAAAGAGCAGCAGGAGAAGCUGGAGGUAGAGAAGAAGGCCAUCCUGGAGGAUCACAGCUUGGUCGCCGAGGACAAGAUGAGGCUGCUGAAGGAGAAGGAAAAGAAGAUGGAGGACUUGAAACGUGAGAAGGAAGCGGCUGAAAAACUGGGGGCCAAAAUCAAGGCCAUGGAGAGCAAGCUUCUUGUUGGAGGGAAGAACAUUGUGGACCACACAAAUGAGCAGCAGAAAAUUCUGGAACAGAAGCGGCAAGAGAUUGCCGAGCAGAAACGACGGGAGCGAGAAAUCCAACAGCAGAUGGAAAGCCGGGAUGAAGAGACCCUGGAGCUGAAGGAGACCUACAGCUCCUUACAGCAGGAGGUGGACAUCAAAACGAAAAAGCUGAAAAAGCUGUUUUCUAAGCUGCAAGCUGUGAAGGCCGAAAUCCACGACCUGCAGGAGGAGCACAUCAAGGAGAGGCAAGAACUGGAACAGACCCAGAACGAGCUGACCCGGGAGCUCAAGCUGAAGCACUUGAUCAUUGAGAACUUCAUUCCUCUGGAAGAGAAGAACAAGAUCAUGAACAGAUCCUUCUUUGACGAGGAGGAGGACCAGUGGAAACUUCACCCCAUCACCCGACUGGAGAACCAACAGAUGAUGAGAAGGCCGGUUUCCGCUGUGGGAUACAAGAGGCCCCUGAGUCAGCACGCAAGAAUGUCCAUGAUGGUCCGCCCGGAAGCUCGGUACAGGGCAGAAAACAUCGUCCUGCUGGAACUGGAUAUGCCCAGUCGGACCACGCGGGAUUACGAGGGCCCGGCCAUCGCCCCCAAAGUCCAGGCAGCUCUUGAAGCCGCUCUGCAAGAUGAAGAUGAGAUCCAAGUGGACGCCUCUACUUUUGAGAGCACGUCGAAGAAAUCGAAAUCCCGGCCUAAAACUGGAAGGAAGUCGGGCAGCUCCCCGUCCAGCGCCUCCACCUCUCAGCUGUACCCCCAGUCUCGCGGGCUGGUCCCCAAGUAAAAACCGGUCGCGCCUGCCGAGGGCAGGGCUCCCAUUUUGCCGUCAAAUGCAGAGGCGAGGUAACGAAGCCAUGAGGCGUUAGGACUUAUAAAAAGGAGGCCCGAGUCCAGAAGACGGCCUUUUUUGAGAAGAAACAGCAGCCUCUUCUGCAUCUGGCGGGUCAGGCUCCCCAGGGCGGUCUCUGGCCUACCGCGAAGGAACGGUUUUUCUCCUUGGGCUGCGGGGUUGAAGGCGCAGCGAGCUUUUAGUUAGCAAAUCGGAAAUGCAUGAGUUACUUUAGCGCAUCUUAGAAGCCCAGAGAAGCACGGGGAGCGGUGGCGGCGAUGGGGGCGUCUCCUUCCCCCCCAUUGCCCCCCCCCGUGGCCUUCUCUCUCUUCCUUUUCCGCUUCCUUUUCUCGCCCCUGGCUCUCCGAUUCCCGGAGCCAAAGGCCAGCGGUCACCUCGAUGACGCCCGGUAGCAAGGUUGAGAAGUGACGAGAGGAUUUUUGGUUGGGGUUUUGUUUUGGUUUUUUUUUGUUUGUUUGUUUGUUUUGCUAGCCAUGCCGACUUUUUUUCUCCCCCCCCCCUCCUCCCUUCUCCCCUUUCCAUUGAAAGACUGGCACUUUUGUGGGGCGGGUUGAAACUGCGAAAGAGGCGAGGCCGAAACAUACCACUGAAGCUUUUCGGUCGAAAACGCCAAAGGGGAACCCGCUCUCCAUUUUAUUUUUAUUUUUAUUUUUUGGCAAUAGAAGGUAGGCAGUUCCAUCAAUCCUUGGCUUGUUUGCAAGGACGAAUUAAAAAAAAAACAAGAACCACCAAACACGGUUCCAGGUGGAUCGGUUUCCUGGAGAACCUCAGCCGUGGAGACCAGGAGGGUCAACCUGGUCUAGCAGUUGUCCACCCAUAGUUGUCCCCUUCCUCUCCUCACCAUCUCCUCCUCUACAAGCUGGGAGCGUUUGUGACCCAAGGCUUCCUUGUCUUCCACUGUAGCUUCUCAUCUCCAGUUUCCCCCCCUCCCAGGAGAAAUUAAACCUCUGGGGGGGGGUGUCUUCUGCUCUCCUCUCAAUGGCAGCGUUACCAAUCGGAGCCACGCUUGAGAGGGAGGGGGGUGGACAACAAAUAUCUGGGUCGACAGGUUCCAACUCCCGUCCUCUUUUUUUGCUCCUAGUAGUUAGUAAGGCAGGCUACUGAGCACGGGGUGGAAAGUGAAUGCUGCUGAAAAAGUGGGGUGGGGGUCCAAGAGCUGAAGACUGUGCCCCCCCACCCCCCCAACACCUUUGUAUUGUUUUAUAGUUCGGUUUGUGUAUUUAACUUUGUUGCACAUGGCAAGUUCAGUUGUGGCAAGUUCAGUUGUCUCCCCCCCCCCUUUUUUUUUUUUUACAUUGACGGUUGUAACUGUGAAUAUAUUCUCAUCGGCUCUUUUCCCCGACAUGUUUUUAACGCCCGUGUUUUCUUCAACUGUGUAUAAGGGUGUACGUCUGCAUGGGUCCGUCAGGACAUUACUCUUAAGCGUAAGGGUCCUUGGUACGUGUUCUCUAUUCGGGGGGGGGGGGAGGAGGCGUAAGUAUUCCAGGGUCUUGCACCCUCUCGAAGGAGACCCCCCCCAAGAGGCGUUCUGCCGGCGUGGUGCCUCAGGAGACACACACACACCCCAGCCUCACUCCA